ACGGAAGUAGAAUUCCUAAAGAAAAAAGAAGGUAAAAAACCUAAAAUCAACCCAACUCACUUCAUCUCCUUCGUAUUCCUCCUCCACCUAAAAACCGUGGUUCGGCCGGCGUUGAGGGUUUCCGAUUUGGGGACUUCCUACCACCUCUCGUUCUCUGCCGCUGCUAUUCUCGGUGUUGAGUGGUUCUGGUCGGCGUUGUGAAUUUUCAAUUUGGGGACUUCCUACCACCUCUUCUUCUCUGCCGCUUCUAUUCUCGGUGGUGAGGCCAAACUCUUACUGUCCAAUGGAUAUGCAUAGGAAUCAGGUUCGGGCUGUGGCUGAUCCAUAUGAAAAAUACGUGGAAUAUCGAAAUUCAUGUGCGCAUCGAACUCGUACUCUCAAAUAUAAGAGCUGGGCAAAAUAUGCUACAGAUGAGAUGGUUAAAUGGAUUAAUGAAAUAGAUCAAAAUCCAAAGUCAUCUGACUACUUGCGAACUUUAUCAAGUUAUGUGAAGACGACAUCUUCACGGAGGCCUAAGAAAUACCAUGUUAAUUGUUAAAGCAGCACCUAUAUUUGAGUUGUCCUCUGUUAGCAUACGCAAGAAUGGACUCAGGAAGUUUGAUGAUAUUGGUAGUACACGUGUUGAUUUAUAUGGUUAUAUUCAACUUAUCGAUGAAAAUGAUAACAAAUACGUUCUAUUCGAGGCAGAUGAGGGGGAUGGAGAUGAUCCGGAGACUGUUUACUUGUGGAAUGAUAUAUCAGUAGUUAUUCGAGAAGCCAUACUUGACCGCCCUCCUUGGCUACCGAAAAUUUUCUGGUUGGAAUUGUGCCUCAAAGACAAGAUUCGAGAUAUUGAAAUCGUGAACGAUAAGAAGCGUUUUGAUUUCAGUUCAAUUGAUGGUGAUGUUGGAUACUCAGAAAAAAGCUUGUUGUUUCAGACCAAAGGGCGUGAUGUUGUCCAUGUGCGCUACAGAGUACUCGAAUAUGCAGUCUUAGCAUAUGUGGAAAUUAAAGUUGUUAAAAAUGAAGAAAAUAACGACAGUAUUGAAAGUGAAGCCGCAUGUGCGGUUGUGACCGGAAACAUUGUUUCCAUGUGUAAGAUCACGGAUAAAGUUUCUCUUCCACGUGUGCUAUUUGAUAAGAAUUGUUACGAUCCUUCAAACUUGGUUCCUUCUCAGAUGUCUUGGAUUGCUUGGUUAGCCGUACCGGCGUAUUCCGGACUUCUAAUUGAGGCAAAUUUAGAGGUUAAUGAUGAAAAAAUUAGGAGCAGCGAUGCUUUGUAUUUCGAAGUCGCAGAUGUUUUCAGAGGGCUGACGUUAGAGAGCAUAGUUGGGGAAAAAUGGCGCAUAGAGGUGAGUGUGACAUGGGCUAAUGGAUAUCAAUACCUUCGUGAAGAUGGUGUUUGGGGGUUUGAAUUUAAGCCUGAUGCUGAAAGGGAAGGAUGCCCGGACGUAGAAAAUGUUUGCAUUGAGAAUUCAAAGAGGUCCCAGGUCCAUCCUAACCAACAAUCACUUCAGAUGUCAUCAGCCAUAACAGCAAUCACUGGUAGGAUCCUAUCCACACAUUCACUUGAUGCAUCUUUGCUACCACUUGUGGAGGUUUUUUCAAUAAGUGUUCAUUCUUUUAAUGCUGAUUUUCUUCUUUGCGGAACAAUCAAGUCUUAUGAUUCAGAUGGCAUAUAUGAUGUAUUUUGUUGCGAUAACGGGAACUAUGUUUAUGCGGAUGGCUCUAAGAAGAUUUUACGGCUAGAAGAGCGUCGACGGUGUUAUGUGGGUGAGAAAUUUGGUAUACAUUUUGAUCUCAAAGAUCUAUCAGGUCUUGAGAUCAGUUGUGGUUAUCUGUCAUAUUGUUACUACACAGCUACUAGCUGGCAAGACAAACGUAUAUGUUCAGUUGUUCGAGGCGAAUAUGGUUUUGCGGUUGUUCACUACGCUAUGUUUUCAGAUGCAUUACAAGCCAAAGUGAAGGUUACUUUCAGUUCCGACAAUGGUUGUGAUCAUCUUAUUAGUGGGAGUAUUAGUGCUAGGUAUAGCGGCUACGGAUAUGAUACAUCCUAUGAAAAGAAAUACUUCCACAGCAUACUGUUUGAUGAUGAUGAGUUUGUGGAGAUUAGUAAUGGAGGUGAAGUGCCAUUGUUAAAAUCUGCAGUUGCUGUUCCAGAAAACAAUUCAUUGGUUGUGAAAGCAUACAUUCGUGUUAAGGUUGCUGGUAAAAUUGUGAAACUAAAUGGUAAAGCAACUUUUAAGCCUCAAGAUCCUUCCGAGCCUCAAAUAAUUAAGGGACCAAACUUUUUCUUCUCAGUAACUGUUGGGUUGGGGCGGCCUGACGACGAGGACUUUAAUAUUACUCAUUAGGUUUUUGGGACCAACUUAGGGCUUACUUAAUCCACAAUUUCUCCUUCUUCAUAGCAACCAAAAGAGCUUUGCAGGAUUAUUUUAGAUUAUACUUCCUCUGUUCAUAAAUAAUCGUAACGUUUGAUAUUUUUACACUAUUUACCUAUUAUCGCUGACAUUAUGCACAAAUGCUCAAUAAGGUCGAGUUCACUCA